GCGUCUGUGUUGAUAAAGAGCUCGAGGGGCGGAUAACACAGAUGUGGUUUUGCUGUGGUCAUCUGGAUUUCUCUGAUGAUGAUGAAGGUUAUUAGCGGGAGAUCUUGAGAAGGUUUGAACACGAUGAAUGUUUUUCUCGUGCCGGGAUUCACGUGCGCUCUCCUCUUCUGCACAUUUGUUUCGACUCAAGAAUGUCGCUCUGGAUGUGUGCAUGGCUUCUGUGAGCGCCGUGGAGAAUGCAGGUGCAGAGCCGGUUGGCGAGGCGUCGCGUGUGAUCGUUGCGUCCCUUUGACGGGUUGCGCGCACGGCUCCUGUAAGGAACCGGGUCAGUGCGUUUGUGAACGCGGCUGGACGGGAGCGCGCUGUGAUCGAGACAUUUGUCUGUGUUCAUCAAAACCCUGCUUUGGAAACUCCAGCUGUCUGAAUGUGGGAGAAAGUUUUAUUUGCAUCUGUGUUGCUGGAUUCACAGGCAAAAACUGCCAGCUGAAGAGCACACCCUGUUCACCUGACGGCUCUUCGUGCCAGAACGGAGGAACCUGUGUGGACAGCAGUGGAUCCGACAACAGUUCUUGCAUCUGUCCGUCUGGAUUCACCGGACGAUUCUGUCAGAGUAACGUCUGUGAUCCCAACCCAUGUGAGAAUGACGGCAUUUGCAGCCAUCGUGACCUGACUUUCACCUGCGUCUGUCCGCCGGCUUUCUCAGGCCCAGUUUGCAGCUUCAGACUGUGUUCCAGCGUUCAGUGCAUCAACGGAGGGACCUGCUUCAAUCAUACAGACAGUCCGAUCCGAUGCGUCUGUCCACCUGGAUUCACCGGCUCAUCGUGUGAACUUCACGUCAACAAGCUCAAGGUCAAACCCAGAUUUAAAUCAGCAGUCCCCGGUCACACUUUCCACAGAUCACAUCGACCGGCUGACCGUGAGCUUCUUAAAAUCUCCAUGAAGGAGACGGUCGGAGCGUCCGGUUCUCUGCCCACACAGAGCCAAGUCGUCUGUUUGACCAUUCUGGUUCUGCUCACCUGUCUGGUAGUACUUGUCACAUCGGGCAUUAUUUUUUUUCAUCGAUGUGAGACUUGGAUGGCUAAUGUGAAGUACAGUCAUCUGGUGCGUCAACGGAGGGAUUUCCUCCUGAGAGCCGGCGACGGUGAGGACCACACCAUCAACGUCAUCAUACCUGAGAAGAUCAAACUGAGGAACUAUGGGCAGGGUUAUACCAGCAUAUGAAGCUGCAUCUAUUGGGUUCAUAAAUCUUGUAGUUUAUGACUAUUAUUAUUUAUCAUAUACACAUACAAAAUUACGGCCUCAACUCAAGAAUUUGUAAUGAGCUACAGUUUAGUCAGUUUAAUGAACAGUCUGUUGACAUAAUUUGCAUUUGUGCUCAUUUAAACGUAGUCACUAAAAAAUCUUAAAUUGAGGCCUGAUUUUUUUACACAGCGUAAGCCUUAAAUUUGAGUGUUAGAAUACUCUUCUAUAUUCUAAGAAAAUAAAACGGGGAAAUAAAAAAAUCUGUCAUAAUUUAUUCACCCCCCAAAUCUAUAUGACUCUUUCUUCAGUAGAACACGAAAGAAGAUAUUUUGAGAAAUGUCUCAGUGGACAUAAAUCCACUGCGACAUUUCUCAAAAUAUCUGCCAUGAACAAUAUGUGUUGGCCUUCAUGUGGCGCUGCACAGAACAGCGAUCAGCGUGAAGUGAACACACGCUUUGUUUUUUUAACAUUAAAUAAAAGCUUUUUACUUCCACCGCCGCUAAACACAUCUGGAUUAUUUUGGGUCUAUUUAUUUAGGAUUGUUUUGUUAAAAUGAUGGUUUAUUUUGCGCUUGUUUGAAAUUCUCUCGUACGGCCUUUGCUGCCAUCUAGCGGUUACUCAUUAACAUUGUCUGACGUGUUUGAGCUUCGCUUAACAUCAUUUUACAUCAUUUCAUUUUACACAUGCCUUCAAUCUACAUGUUAAAUAAUCUCUUUAAAUAACUGUAUUUGCUUUAUUUGUUUACUUUUGUGGUAUAUACACAAGUUAAUAAUUGAUGUGAUUCUCUGAGUGUCCAGCAGGCGGCAGUGGCAGCUCUUUUCCAACACAAACGUCUGCAAGGUUUCUUUGGUAGUAGACUUUAUGGCCUGUGUGAUCCAUUCAGGUUUUUAGAAUUAUAUUAAAAAUAUUUGUCAGCUAUGUUGUUUGACUGUAUGUUGCAUGUUUAGAUCUCAGUUAUGGUUGCGUUCGGAUCUGUCAGUUACACAAUUUGAGAAACAGAACCUAUAAACAUACUUUAAGUUGGCAAAGGUGUGUGAUCGACCGAAUGUGAACAUACACAAAUGUAAUAGUGUGCAUCACUUAUAUUUACUCUGUUCAUUGACAAUUUACUGUGCUGUUGUCAACAUGAGGAAAUAAAUGACGUCGUUGAAACCCAUUUCACAGAGACAGUCCAGAUGGGUGAUGAUGAGAAAAACAAACCAUAGUAACCAGUUAACCAUCAGUGAGGACAGACACUGACUUCAUUACAAUCCAGACAACUCUUAGUGUUGUGAAAUCAUAUUAGAUCAGUUUAAUUCACACGUGUCAGCGUGAAUGGUCAUGUAGGCCUACUACUGCAGGUGCUUUCAUUUGGUUUACAUUUAGGGUUUAUAUUUUUUGAGUUAUGUAUAUCAAUCCAUAGAGGGCCA